AGAUGCUUUCAUGAAUCAUCUAAUCAAUACCUACAACUACAACGAUAACACCAACAAUCUGAAACUAUUUUCCCAAUGUGUACCGGAAAAUUUUGUGGUCGAUUAACAAAUACCAGUAUUAUAUGUACAUCAUGUACAUGGGGAUCAAAAGUAUUUCAUAGAAUCAAUCAUCAUCAACAAGAAUAUGAUAAUAGUAUUUGUGAAUUAUGCUUAUCUUCAUUAUCAUUACACGGUUGGUUAUAUCUUGGAUUUUUAACACUGUUACCUGUGAUAUUUUUAUUGUUAACUUUACCAAUCCUAUCACCAUCAUCAUCAUCAACAACAUCAACAUCAUCAUUAAAGAUGAUAUACAUGAAACAAUCAAAAAACUUCUCUUCUAUUCAUCAAAAAUCUUGUCUACUAAUUCUAUGCAAUAUUUUUAUUCAUACAUUCACAAGUCUCAUUACAUUAAUUCUUUAUCCACCAUUUGGUAGUUUCAAAUUAUAUCAUUGUCCUAUAGAAACAAUUGAAGAAUUCUAUGCCCCAUUUUUAGCUGCAUCAGGUUGUAUAUCAGAAGUGAAUUUUCCAUUGACAUCAAUACCAUUAGUAUAUUAUAUGUUGAGUGCAUUGAUGUGUCUAUUCAUUUAUCCUAUAUUAUUUAUUUAUAUUUUUCAUGAUUUUAAUUGGUUUAAAUAUCUUUAUUAUGCAUUAUAUAGUUAUCCAAUUAUUUGUCUAGUAUGUUUUCUAUUUGGUGGAUUAUUUUAUUAUAUAUUUCCAUAUAUUUUAUUAUUUUAUGCUAUCAUUGAUUCAUUGUAUCGAUUUCCAUUGUUAUUUGAUUAUGUCACUAUUCACCAUCAUCAUCAUCAUCAUCAACAGCAUCAUGAUGGUAUAAAUGCUCUGAUUUGUCCAAUUUCAAAUCCACGCAUUCUUAUUCAACAUAUUCUCAAUUAUCCUGAACCAUUGAUGCUGAUUAGUAUUUUAAUGAAUUCAUUAUUACUUGGAUAUGGGAUAUUAUCAUUUUCUAUGAUAAAUGAUUAUUAUCAUAACUAUUAUUAUUGGUGUUUAUUAUUGAUAUUUUUCCCAUUUAUAUUUUAUAUGAUUACAUUACCUUGCACUCAUCCAUUUCAACAUGAUGAUUGUGUACAAAUAUGGAAUAAAUUGUGCAAUAGUAAUAAUACAUUUCAUUUGAAUGAUUAUUCUAAGCCAAAAGAAUAAUAAUAAUAAUAUUUUAUCGAUCUUUUCUAACUAAUGAUCUUGUUAGGAUAUUCAAUCCAAUAUCCUAAAAGAGAAUUAUUGGUCAAUUCGUAUUGGUUAGUUUCCUAUUGGUCAAUUUGAUGGUCCACCUAGAUAUCAAGGUCACAUGAUCCAAUCUUGUUUCUUAUUGGUUCUCCAGACUAUCAAUGUCAAUUGAAAUGUUGCUUCCUAUUGGUCGUCUUAGCUGUCAAUAUCACAGACUACGAUGCUGUUUCCCAAUUCGACCAAAAUGUAUAAAUACGCAUUAUUUGUAACGUUUUAGGACCAGUGUGGUGCGCGCUACUUAUAAGUAGUAUAUGACGCGAGUGUAAACGUAAGGUCUGGCAGCAGAAGAUGGGGGAAGGUCAAGAAAGGAAGAGUUGGAACACAAUGAAAUUUGUAUCAAACGCAUGAAUAAGUGAAAUGUCAGACAAUGGAUUGAUGAUUGAUUGAAGAUUUGCAAAUGAACGAUUUACGAUAUGGUUUUCCGAUUUUACUGAGUAACUCUGUAAUUUUCGUUAAAUACAAUUCGGUUGCCCUCACCUGUAUUUUCCUUCACUACACCAGGACCAGGACUUGGUCCCGGAUCCCUAGUUCAGGAUCCUGAUUCUCUUCUGGAUUCGGACCUCGUACUUUCUGGUUGCUUGUAGAAUACACGUUCUACUCCACAUUCAAGUCUUCUUAUUUUUUACUAAAUAUGGGGGUUGGGAUAAUCGGAUUUGAGCAGCAUGUCGUGUCAUCGGAUCCUCGCUCUCGUUUUCUG